AUGAAUCAUACGUAUAUUGCAAAGACGCAACGCCAUGUCAGCGACGGAAGCCUACGCAGUCCCGGCGGUCGGGCGUUUAUCUCGUUAAGCGGCGGCACUGCGGGCCUGCGGCGGGCGGGCGCGGCGAACUGGGGCAGCUGGAGCGGCGCGCCGGGUGUCGCCCGCCGCUGCCGACCCGCAGUGACGCAUUGCAGGUGCGCGGUGGCCAAUCGGCGCGCGCCGCCGCACCCGCCCGAUAUAAAACCGACUAUCCUUUGCGGCUCAAAUCUAAUCCCGUGCCGUGCGUCCCGAGACAUGGACUUGGAUGUUCAAAACGUGCAU